UGGCGCGGGGGCGGACGCCGACGGCCGACGGAUUCGCCAGAAGACAGGCGAGCCUUUUGCCGUGGAGCUGGACGAUGAGGAGCUGACGGACGCCGAUGCUGGGCAAGCUGCAGCUGGCGGAGUCGGCCUGGCCGCCCCUGCGGGAGGAGACGGUCGCGCCAAGCUGCCGCCGCCCCCGCAGGGCCCGUCGCAGAUGGCGCUCGCCCAGUACAUCAUGAGCGCAGUGACCACCAGCAUGAGUGUGAAGGUGGACGCUGUCGAGGCCCAGGUCUCGGCAUUGCAGACCACGGUGAGUGCCAGCUCGGCCUCCAUCUCGUCCAUCCAGGCGGAGCAGCGGGCCCAGCGCGCUCGACUCGACGCACUGGAGGCGGCCUCGCGAGCUCCGUCGUCGAAUGCCAGCACGGCUGCAGGACAUGGGGCUCCUCUGCGGCCAGGGCUGGGAUCAGGACAUGCGUGCCAGGCCGACCCGUGGAGCGACUAUCUGCGCAGGGGCCCCAGCGAGCAGCACCAGUUUGUGGCUCCCCAGGCUCCGCGCGGAGGGAAGAAUACGAAGCAUGUAGUGUUCGUGGCGGGCUUCCAUGGCACUUGGGAUAAGGAUGAGGUCGAGGCCCGCCUUCGAUCGAAGCUGAGCGAGAGGGCGACUCUUGAGUCGCAAGGCAUCGCGGCAAUCUACGGCGUUGGGCGCUUCUGUGAUCAGGCGAAGGUGGUCUUCGGCAGCAAUCGGCAGAUGUGGAACUUCACGAAGGCCUGGAAAGGGGAGAAAGGUACCGUACCAGGGGGCAGGGAUGACCAGCUGUGGCACAAAGUAGACCAGGAGCCCUAUGAGGUGGAGCUCUCGCGGCGCGUCUCCUACGCCGUGAGGCUGCUCAGGGAGUGCGGGGAGGCCAAGAACCUCUGCACCGCGGACUCGAAGAUGAAGACCUUCGACGGCGACUGGGACCGCGGCCAGGUGGUCUUCCGCCGCAGCGGGAGCGAGAGGCCGAUCAGGAUCCUGCAGCGCUCGCGCACCACGGACUUGAUGGAGAUCUGCACCGAGCCGCUCGCCAAGGCUCUGCUGGGCCAGGAGCUAGCAGAGUUCAAGCUCCCCGAGCGGCUCGGGGAGAUCAACGCCAUCGCGCAGCUCAGGGAGUGUCUGAUUACAAUGCCUAUUGAUUGCCACGCCAUAGUCAGCGUCGGCGCCCAAGAAGUCCUGGGGAUUGGGGACGGAGAGACGGUUGGCCAACACUCGGCCGCCAAGAUGACAUGGCGGGGCGAACUGCUAUUCGACUUGAUGACUGAAUUCGACGUAGUUGCCACCAACACCUUCUCCCGAGGACAGUGGGGACUAGCUACAUGCUACUACGACAACCGUAAGGAGCCAGGCCAGAUCGACUUCAUGUUGUGCCACCGCGAGUGGCUCACUUCAGCGACGUGCCAGGUUCGAUUCACGGAUGCAGAGCAGAGCGACCAUCUCCCCCUACUGCUGCGCUGCCAUGCGUCCAAGGCUAUCCCGACGAUCUCCGUGCCCGAGCAGGCCCUCGAGGACGCAGAUCUGAUGGAACGGCCGCCGCGCAAGCCCGUCGCUUGGCAGCUGGAGGGCGCCCACUUAUUCAAUGAGACGGUCUGUUCGACGUUUCAGGUGCCGUACUUCCCGACCGCGAUGGGCGGCUUCACCGAGGGCGACCUCGCGAACGCGCUGGGCAUCUUCACGGGCGGCUCGGCGCGGGGGCGACGAUGUGGGCAGCGCCAGGCCUCUUGCGCAGGAUGGGGCUUUGCCGUCUACCGCGCCACCACGCCGCACGACCAGGAUGAGCCGAUGGUCGAGGCGUGCGGCCCCGUGGUCACCCACCCCCUGGACCCCCGCUUGGGCGCCUGUGCCCUCACGGCGAACACGGGCGAGCUCUCGGCGAUCGUGGAGGCGCUCCUGUGGCUGCUGGGACAGCGCGGCUCCCCGGAGCCGACGGCCCAGGACGGCAGGCUCAUCCAGGUGAUCACCGACUCGACGUACGUCCAGGGGCUCCUCACUGAAGUUUUUCAACCACGCGAGAAUGCACCCUUGGCGAUCCUGGCCGUGCACUUGUGGAAGCGGGCUGCCAUGCAUUUUGACAUGCGCAUCCGCUGGGUCAUGGGGCCACAGCGGCAACGGUAUCGCCAACGAGUUAGUGAACACAAGCUCGCCGAGACUAGAGCCCGCAAAAGACGUUGCUCCGAGAUAUCCAGGGAGGAUGGCGGCGACACCUUCGCGCAGUUCUUCAACCCGCAGCCACGGCUGGCCGCGUGCUCCAGACAGGGCGCCCCGUCCAUCUCCGCGCUGUCGACGGCGAUCUCCGCCGGAGACGGGGACAUGCGCGUGCGGCACCUGCUGGGGCCCGCGGUGGCCAAGGCCAAGCGCGCCCUGAGGGGCCGCUGCAACGCGGUCCACCCGGGGCGCUUGUGCGCGAGGGGGCGGGCCGACAGACCCUACCGCUCGGGCAAGCCCGUCUGCGAGCUGAAGACGGACGACGGCCAGAGCGCCAGCGCCGUGCAGGCCCGCUGCGAGCUGACGCGCGCCUUCUACGCCGACCUGUUUGCCGACCCGACCAGCGACCAGGCUCUGCCCGCUUGGGUGCGUUGCCAGUGGACCGCCGAGCACCAACAGGCGGAGGUUCCUCUCUCCCUUCCUCUUCUCAAAACAGUCAUCGGGCAAUUGAAGUGUCGCAAAUCGUGCGCCGAGUCUGACAUGAUCGUGGCUGAGAUGAUCCAAGGGCUCCAGGCCGGUGCUCUCGAACAGAUCCUUGCGGCGUUUCGCCUGACACUUUGCAAUCAUGUGAGCGAGUAUUUCGACCAAACCUGGACGGAGCACGUCGUUCGGCUGAUCCGUAAGAAACCAGAGGCCCAGAAGGUGGCCGAGUUCAGACCCAUCGCCCUUGUUUCGGUGCUGCUGAACAUCCU